AUGGCGGUUUCUGCUUUGGCUGGUCCAGCGGCGGCGCGUGGGAGUGGUGGCGGCGGCAGCCACGGGUGCGAGAUCUUUGAGCCCAUGGUGUCUGUGCAAGCUCGAUGGCCAGAUCUGCCUGACGCAGAGAAACUUGAGCGUAUCUAUGACCUGUAUGCCAUCAGCACCUCAGCUUCAGUCCCUUGGUGGGAUGAGUCCGGCAACCCGUUGAUGAAGCCGCAUCCUGAUAACUACCGGCCGCAUGAGCAGCACAUCAGGAAGUUGGAGAAGAAGUGCCUCAAGUACGGCAUCCGGCCGGAGAUUCGUGGGCAACCUUGGGCAUUGAUGUCGGCCUCCAACGCGCCACCGUACCAGAUGCUGUCGUGGGGUUCAUUGACUCGCGCAGCAUACCGCGCUGCGUCUGCCGAACCGCACAACGAGAUCUUGAAGCGGAGCAUGAGCCGUCCCCUGACAGGGGUGAUACUGUUCCACGUGAAGACCCCCAGAGACGUCACCGAUUUCCUGCGGGAUUUCCACAAUAGAUGGACAGAUGCGCAGACCAACUUCGACGGCGACUACCCUUCAAAGAACUGCUUCGAGGAUGCAAAGGCGCUCGCCAAUUUCCUUGCCACCAAGCACUGGUCCGCAGCUUUCCAAUCCUUCCUGGACGCGAUCACAAUGUUUGACGACUCCCGCUUGGACACAGUGACUGCGAUCACUUGCUUGCAGGAGUGGAGUGUCAUCCUGCAGAAAUACCAGGACUCCAUCCCCGCGGAUGCACACCUCCAGCUCUUCCUGGAGGGCAGCCGCUUCAUGGUUCCCAGCGUCUCCGAGGAUUGCGACCUGCCAGAUUGCUCAGUGCCUACCUCCAAACGGGUGCCGAUGGUGUUUACCAAGAUCGACAAGGACACUUUGAGGUUAGUGAGCACUCCCAUGGGCUCGAGCCUUGCCUACAACCCGCCGCAGAACGGGGCUGGCAAGUCAGCCGCAAAGGCCAAAUCCGGGGCUGCCAAGGGCAAGCGGGGCAAGGCGGAUGACAACCCUGAUGAGUCAGGGAAGCGGCGCAAGAAGGCGGUGGCAGGCAGCAGCGGGGGUGACGCCGGCAUUGAUGUCCCAGAGGAGCGCUUAAGCAGGGAAGUCUUCGGGGGCGAGAUCACUAUGUCCGACCACGUCGAAGACGCGCAAGCUCUGACUGGCGAUGAUGCGCCAGGCCUGGACAGCGAAGGACCGCAUGACGCAAUUGCAGGCAGUGCUGAUUUCCAGGCGGUGAUGUGCAUGGGCAACAUUUUCCUGGACACUACGAGCGCCCCAAACAGUGCCAAGAAGCGUGAGAAGACCUUCCUCGAUGACCUGCUUGCAGUUUUCAACCAUGUGGUCCAGAGCCAGAAGUCUUGGCUAUUCCGCAAGUGCUAUGAGAAGCCUUUGCUCCAAAUCAGGUCCAUUGUGUUCUCGCUCGGCCUGGAGUUCUGCUUUGAGGGGACUGUGCAAGUCAGUGGAAAGCCCUUUAAGUGUUGGUCUGCCCUGCGGGUGGCCCUGCGAGACCUUAUCGUUGGUUGCCUGUCCAAAAUCAAGGCAAUCUCGGACACUUUGCCCACAAACGGAGAGCCCAACGCGUCCGCUGCUGCCACCAUUGCCACUGCCGUGUCCAAGGUGGCGGCUGCCAACGGUGUGACGUCAGCCGCAGUGUGUGCCCAAGGAUGGGGCACCAUUUUUGCGUUUUGGCUUUAG